AAAAAAAAGAAAAACAAAUAAUACUAACAUAUAGAGUUUAAUGAUAUUUUAAUAGUUUUAAUCUUAUAUCUUUUAAUUAACCAAUAUAUAUAUUUAAAAAAAAAAAAAAAAAUGAUAGGAAAUAAUUUGUUUUUACCUAAUUAUUUUAUUAUUUUCAAAAAUUUUAUUUUGUGCUUUUUUCAUUUUUAAUAUUAUUCUUAAAAACUAUUAUAUAUAUAUAUUAUAAUACAAUAGGGUUAUGUCUACUUGUAUUGUAUAUAUAAUCAUUUAUAUGUAUAUUGUAUAAUCAUUGUAAGAACAUAUAUAAAUAAAUAUUUAUAAAUAGAAAAGAAAUAAGACAUUUAUGUUUUUAACGUAUCAUUUUUUUUACAAUUAGUAUUAUAUAAAUAUAUAUAUUUAUAUAUAUAAUAUUAAAAAUGUUACUAUUCAUUUUUGUAUAUAAUUUUUUUUUUUUUUGCAUUCAAAAAUAAUUUCAAAAUGAUAUAUUUUGAGAAAGGAAUAAAUUAAGUUAUGUAUUAUAUACUUUAAUUUUAUUAAUAUAUAUAUAUAUAUAUAUAUAUAUUUUCUUCUUAGGGAUAUCAAUAUAAAUUUGAUGACAUAAUAUUAUGCCUUUAUUCCCAAAAUAUUAUUCAUUCAAGUUGUUAUAUAAAAUAAUAGGAAAUAUUUAUCCGAUUAUUGUUCUUAUAGCUGUAUUGAUAAGAAUACACUGUAAUAUAUUAAACUAUUUCAAAUUCGCAGUUGCCAUAAAAAAAUAAUCAAUGUUUUCCAAAACAUAUAUAUAUAUAUAUAUAUAUAUAAACAAUAAAGUUAUAUCUUUUUUUUUUUUUUUUUUCUUAUUUGUCAUAAUUAAUAGAUAUAAAUUAUUCAGUGAAAAAAAAAAAAAAAAAUUAAUUUUUUAUUACCAUGAACAUAUAACAUCAUUGAAAUAUGUUCUACGUCAAAUGAAUAAUAACAUAGAUUUUAAAAUGAAGCUAGAUCUCUAUUAAUAUAAUAAAAAUAUGUUAUAUAUGUGUAUAUAUAACAUUAUGUGCAUUUUAUUUUUUUUUUAUAACUUAUUCAUCUUUAGGAAUGUAAAAAACUGGGUGAUGAUUUUAAGGACUUGUAUAAUGAAUGUAG